CUUCGAAUUGCAUCAAAUCCAGUUCUAAAUUCAUGGCUUCCACAUUCAAAAGAGACAUCAACAUCCCCAGAGACAUAGAUUUCUUUUCAAAUCCCAAAGACUCGAUCGGUCUCGAUGGUCUUAGUUUCACCGAUCGACGAAUUGGGGAAGAAAAUGACCAGAGCGAUGUCGGAGACUGAUCUCAGAGAGCUGUUGGUCUCCAAUUGAAGGCUGCAUAUUUUGUUUUGAUAUUUUAUAUAUUUGCUUUUCACUACUGGUUUUAUUAUUUUUAUUUGACAUUAGACUGUGUACUUUUCUCAUUAUCUUUGUAUCUCAUAUUGUUGGAAUUGAUUGUAUGACAUGAAUAGGAAUCUGAUGGGAAUAAAGUUGUGAAAGAUAUCAUUUUUGGCCCAUGAGAAAAGAAAUAUCAGUUCUGUAAGGUAACCAUAAGCUUCUCUAUCAAUUACUCAAGAUCGCUCAUGUUUCAUGACCUAUUGCUAAAUUAUGUGCUAUUUUUCUUCUUUAGUAAAAUCAUGCUUUGGAAUAAUUUUGUCAAUCUGCAGAAUUAUUCAUGAUUGUCCAUCCUCGGAUAAGAUUACUAAUCCUCUGUUUGGUUCAUCAAUUUUUUGAGGAAAAGGAAAAGGAAAAGGAAAUGCAAGGGAAAUCAUCAAUCUUUGUGUUGUUAACAUGGAAAACAAUGAGGAAAAGAAUAUGAUGAAACAUAUCUCAAAACAAUGCAUACCUGGUUUGUCUGAUGAUUUGAUAAAAAAUGGAAAGCACUUCAUAUUAAUACGAAAUCCACUUAGUAUUUUGCCAUCUUAUGACAAGGUUGUGCCCCCAUCGUUUCUCGAGCUAGGAUUGGGAGACUUGGUCUCCAUAUACAGCGAGCUUUGUGAAUUGGGAAAGUCCCCAACAGUCAUUGAUGCAUCAGAACUUCAAGAAAAUCCCGAGGGGAUGAAGAGUCAGCGUGAUGAGAAAAUGUCCGAUUUUGUCUUUUGUAAGACAAGAACAGUCUAUACAAAAAUAGUCAGAAAUUUCCUGGAGAGAUGCAAAAUAUGGUCAAAGUAUUUCCUCUACUUAGACUGCUCCCAUACCAAUUUGUAAUUAUUCAGGCUAUGUGGUUUCUACUUUUAAGACCAAUAAGCUUUAUUGAUUCUUAUUUGUUUUAUAGUUUUUAGUGGGUUAUAUGUUGAUAUCAUAUGAUUUUGAUUGUCCAUAUAAUACUCCAUUUUAUCAUUU